AUGCUGCGGAUAACCAGGAUGGGCCUUGCGGCCCUGGCUGCGCUGUGUUUCCAGCUAACUGCCACAGCGCUGGCCAUGCGCGCGCAGCAAAAGGUGGGCGCGGAGAACACCUUCAUCCCGGCCGCCGCCGUCGUCGUCGGGGAGGCCAUCAAGGCCGUCAUGUCCGUCGUCGGCCUGUUCCUGUUCGAGGCCCAGCAGUACGUCCCCGCGGCCAAGGGGAAGCCCCAGCGGUCCACGGCCUACAAGGUCGCCCGCACCGCGCGGGUCCUCGCGAGCACCGCCCGGGACAUGCUGAUCCCCUCCUGCAGCUACACGCUCCAGAACAUCCUCAUCACGACCGCCUACACCACCCUCCCGCCGCUCCUCGCGCUCUCCACGCUCCAGAUGAAGGUGAUCAGCACGGCGUUCUUCGCGCGGCUGAUGCUCAACCGGCGGUUGUCGUGGAUGCAACUCCUGUCGCUCCCGAUGGUCAUGUCCGGCGUGAUCCUCAUGACGCUCGGGUCGCAGCGCGAGUCCGCGCACAAGGGCAGCGCCACCGUGUCGGAGCUCGUGGUGGCGGAGGUGGCGAUGGUGGCCGGCACGGCGCUGUCGGGCUUCGGCGGCACGUACGUCGAGCGGCAGGUGAAGGUGUACGGGCAGCGGGCGGGGAUGUGGGUGCGCAACGUGCAGCUGUCCGUGCUCGGGACCGUGGCCGCGACCGCGGGGAUGUACCUCAAGGACGGGGCGCGGGUCAGGGCCGGCGGGAUGCUGCAGGGCUUCAGCAUGUGGGCGUGGGCGGGCGUGGCGCUGUACGCCUGCAGCGGGAUCAUCACGAGCAUGUGCGUCAAGCACGCCGACAACAUCCUGAAGAUCUUCGCGACCAGCUCGUCCAUGGUGAUCACAGGGGUCCUCGCCUCGAUGCUGUUCGGGGACGAGGUGGGCUCGCAGGGGUUGUUUGGGGGUCUAUUGAUCGUGUCAGCCAUCACGCUGUACUCGAGCUUCCCGAUCGCGCAGCCGGGCGCGGUCGACGACGCGAAGAAAGAGUCGUAG